AUGAGUAGAAAUGGCGCUCUGUUUGAUACUGUCGAGCAGAAGCAGCGAAAUACUUCAUCAUCAUCUUUGGAACAAACUCCUCUCCAGAAAUAUCAAUUUUUAUAUAAGGGAAGAAAUAUUGACGAUGUAGAUGAGGAAUUUCAGAAACAAAAAGCCUUAUUUUCCAGAGUAGGAGAAAAGUUUGAUUUUGAUUUACAUCAGAGUAUUGAUGAUUUAUCGCUUUCUGAGGAUGAUGGAAUGAGUAAUGAGGAAGAUGAUGGAAUGGAAAAGCGUUCAUUCCAUGAGGAUGAUGAAGAACCGGAUGAAAAUAACCAACCAAUGUGGAAUAUCAUUACAGCUGAGGAUCAAAGUAAACAAAAGAGCCCGAAAGAAAAACAUGUUCAUUAUCAUCACUUCUUGGACAUGAUUGAUAAUAAUGAUAAGGAAAGGGAAUCAAUGUUAGAAGCAUUGGGAGUUAUUGAACAGUCUGAUGGAAAUUUUGUAUCUGAUGCAGCUUCAUAUGUUGAAGAUGAGGAAAGGAGUGAAAUUGCUAAAUUUAUUGAACAAUAUUGCUCCUUCACAGAGUCUAAUUCUCAAACAAAAUCAAAAGAAAAAUCUCCUGAAAAUAGUAGAGUUGGGAAGAGUAUGCUUAAUUUAAGUUAUGGCAGUGAUGAUGGCUUGAAAAAGAGUGGGAAAGUUCAGAUUAUUCCGAAAUCGCCUUCACAUAAUGUUAGCCAUCUUUCCAAUGUUUCUUCAAUAGCAGAAACAAGUGAACAACUGAAACAAAUAGAUUCAAUGAUAAGCAAACUGUUGCAAGGAAAUAGCCCUGAAAAGAAAAUUGAUUCCUAUUCAUCUCCACAAUAUAACAAUCAGAGAUCAACAAAUUUCAAAUCUGAGUCAUCCAUUAAUUUAUUGAACCAAUAUACCUCUCCAAUGAAAUCAUCACCGACAAAACAAUUGGAAAAGAAGACACUAACAAAACCAGUGCCGUUCAGCUUUUCUCUCGACAAACGAAAGAGAAAUUUGGACAAAUCUCUAGAAGAUGAUUCAAAGAAAAUGGCUGAAUGUACUUUUCAUCCAAACAUUAGCAAAUAUAAUAGUGCAAUAAUAGAGACAGAAUCUUUUGUUGAAAGAGCGAGUAGAUGGAAGGAAAAGGUAGAACAAGAUAAAAAAACAAUGGAGAAGGCGCUGCAAGACUCGCUAAAGAAAGACUGCUCAUUUAAACCAGAAAUUAAUCCAAUCUCACUUCGAAAACUUGAUGAAGAAGUUGGAGUGUAUGAUAGGCUUUAUGUUGAUUCAUUCAGAGUGAUGGACAAAAUCGAUGAGAAUAGAUACAAACUAAGUGAAGAUGAAUUUAGAAAAACGUGUACAUUUAAACCAAAAAUUAAGAGCUCAAAUGCUCAACCUAAGUAUUUAGAACCUAAGAAACCAAUCGAGAAAAAGAAAGAUGAAUCUAUUGAUUAUACUUUCAAACCUAAUACCUUAGAUCCAAAAGUUUCACAUCAAUCGAGUAUUAAGUACUUAUCAGAAGAUCCGUUUUUAAGACUCAGCAGGCGUUUAGCGUCUGAUGAUACAGUUAUCAAAAGGAAAAAUCAAAAUAAGGAAUCUAGGCCUAAAUCUGCUGGAAAAUAUAGACCAACAGGAAAUUUUGAAGAGUUUUUAAAAAGACAAAAUCAAACAUUAUCAAAGAAGGAGGAAAAGAUUGAUUUCAUUAGACAGACAGAGUUUUCCUACAAACCAGCUUUGAAUAAUAAGAGUAUGGAAAUAUUUCAUGGUUUGGAUCAAGAGAAGAGGAAUGAAAUUCUGAAGCAUAGGAAGAAGAUUGUAAGUUUAUUCUUCAAUUUUUUUUAA